AUGCUAUCAAGGUUGAUGGACUUUCUGACUGCCUGCUGGCGGCGAAGAUCCUCCGACGGCAAGGGUUCCGAGGUUACGGGGCGGAAGGACGGGCUGCUGUGGUACAAGGAUGCCGGGCAGCACUUGUUUGGUGAAUACUCAAUGGCUGUUGUUCAGGCCAACAACUUGCUUGAGGAUCAGAGCCAGAUUGAGUCUGGUCCUCUUAGCUUGCUUGAGACUGGUCCUUAUGGUACCUUUGUUGGUGUGUAUGAUGGCCACGGUGGACCUGAGACGUCGCGCUACGUCUGUGAUCAUCUCUUCCAACAUCUAAAACGUUUUGCGUCUGAGCAGAAGUCCAUGUCAGUGGAGGUUAUUCGGAAGGCGUACCAAGCCACAGAAGAAGGUUUUUUGUCAGUGGUUACCAAACAGUGGCCUAUGAAUCCCCAAAUUGCUGCGGUGGGAACUUGUUGCUUGGUUGGUGUGAUUUGUGGUGGUAUCCUCUAUAUUGCUAACCUUGGUGAUUCCCGGGCUGUGCUUGGGCGGGUGGUCAGAGCAACUGGGGAUGUUUUGGCCAUCCAGCUUUCGUCUGAGCAUAAUGUGGGCAUAGAAUCUGUGAGACAGGAGAUGCAUUCUUUGCAUCCGGAUGACUCAAAAAUUGUGGUUCUAAAGCACAAUGUAUGGCGGGUGAAGGGUCUGAUCCAGAUUUCUAGAUCCAUUGGCGAUGUUUACCUAAAAAAGGCUGAAUUCAACAAGGAACCAUUGUAUGCCAAGUUUCGUGUCCGGGAUGGUUUUAAGAGGCCCAUUUUGAGCUCCGACCCAUCAAUUUCUGUUCAUGAACUUCAACAGCAUGACCAAUUUCUCAUAUUUGCUUCUGAUGGUCUUUGGGAACACCUUAGCAAUCAAGAUGCAGUUGAUAUAGUUCAAAACAAACCACACAAUGGAAUUGCUCGGAGGCUCAUCAAAGCUGCAUUGCAGGAAGCAGCAAAAAAGAGAGAGAUGAGGUAUUCUGAUUUGAAGAAAAUUGAUCGUGGUGUCCGCCGGCAUUUCCAUGAUGACAUCACAGUUGUAGUUGUAUUUCUUGACUCCAAUCUUGUCAGCAGAGCCAGCUCAGUGAGAGGUCCUCCUUUAUCGGUGAGAGGAGGUGGUGUUUCCCUACCUUCUAGAACUUUGGCUCCCUGUGCUGCACCCAUGGAAACUUAG